AUGCGGACCAAGAUUAGCAAUUUCAACAAUAUACAUAAUAAUCUCGUCAACAACCAUAGAAGAAGAAGAAGCGGUUCGAGCGACGUGGACGUUGUGAACCAAGCGCACAACGACUAUAGAUUGCAUCAUGGGUAUCCGUUUAGGAUGCUAACUUCGUGGGAGCUUAUUCGCAAAUCUCCCAAGUGGCAUCUUGUACCGUCGUUUGACCCAACUACCCAUAGGUCAAAACGGUCCAAAUCAACAUCCAUUACCGAACCAUCCGAGUCUGAUGCUCGUACAACAGUUAAUCUAAACGACGACUUCGACGAAUUUGAACAACCGCAAGAGUUGCCACGACCAAAGGGUAGGGAUAAAAGUAAGGCAGCUGCACGAGCACAAGACACGUCUUCUUCAACGCCAUCGGAUGGCCCGUCAAGUUUGGACGAGUUAAACAACAUACUCAACAAGGUUCUCUCGAUGAAGGAAAAGGAGCAAGAACUAAAAAUGGAGAAACAAAUCAAGAAAGACAUGGAAUUUCUCACGAAAGACUUUUCACAAUUAGCAGAGGAGGAGCGAGUCAUUUUGGAGGCUCGUAAGGCAUAA